AUGAACUCAGACGACUUGCCGGUGUAUCCAACGCCCCAACAAGCGACAUAUGUUGUUGGAGGCAAUCAGCAACCACAUAGUCUGUCACAUCAGCUGUCUGGUCGCAGAAACCACAGUUCGUCUCAGCAACCCCCCAGACACCAAAACCCGCCCCACAACUACAAGAACUCACUGUCGGGCCCGCUACCGGCACCAGGCCCGUAUUCUACACAGCCAGGCCUGUCCUACCUGUCAUAUCCGCCGCCAUCUCGCCCUGGUUUUCAACAACCUCCUCCUCAGCAGCCUCAGCAGCAGUACUAUCAACAGUACGCCUCGCCUCCGGCUCAGCAGCCAUACACACAGCCCCAGUACUAUCUGCACCAGCAACAGCCCCAAAACUAUAGACCUCAAUACUCGCAGUCACACCCGCAGCCCCAGCCCCAGCCUCAACCCAUGCCCAGCCAACCUCUGUAUGACCAGUACAUGUCGCCCCAGCAGUCCCACGCUGCCCCUCCACAACAUCCACAGCAGCAACAGCGUCAAGUUUCACUGAGCCUGCAGCCUCCAGCCCAGCCGUACGGUCAUUCGUCGGGCUCGCCUCAAGUUGCCAAUGCGUCUACACUGAAGAAGGCACCGGGCCUGUGGCAGGGCCAGAACCGCUCGAAAGAGAAUGUACUGGAGACGCCAAAAUUAUCUAGCAAACAGCGUCUCGAGGCCGAGUUGCGUUCCACAUUCGACAGAGUGGACGUCAACCACCUGGGUAGAAUCUCUGCUCGAGAAUUGUCUAUGGCACUUUUGAAUUUCGAUAAUACUCGUUUCCAAGAAUCGACCGUGCGUCUCAUGCUUAAACUCUUCAGUUCUGGCUCUUCCACCUCCAAGGGACUCAACUUCGAUCAGUUCGUUUCCUUGUGGAAGUACUUGACCGCCUACAAAAAGCUCUUUGUGGCUGCUGAUCUGAAUAAAUCUGGAGACAUUUCUUUCGGUGAAUUCCAAAGAAUUCUCGAGCAGAUUGGCUACAAACUCAACGUGGAUCUUGUGCUCCACCUCUUUCAGAAAUUCAGUAACAAGGAAUCAUCAUCAGAUGGCACUUCAGUCGGAAAACUCAAAUUUGACGCCUUUAUUGAGUUACUCGUCUAUCUUCGGAAGCUCACCGAUAUCUUUAAGCAGUAUGACAAGGAUCUCUCCGGUGUGGCCACAAUCAGCUACCUGGACUUCUUGCUCGAGAUCAGCAAUCUCAGUUAA